AAGUCUAUCUAAGGUAAACCAAAGCAGUGCAUAUAUUUACAAAGUAAACUCCUAUAAUUUCUCCAUGAUGUGCGCAACUCCACCAGUCUCCAAAUUAUGCGGAUCCCUUUGAUAUAUUAUUAACAUAAUUAACAUAAAUAUCCUUAACAAGGAUUUCUAGGGAAUAAUCGCCGGUGGAAUCAAGGUCCUCGCGGCGGCGGCGGAGGGGGUGAUGGAGAGGAGUUUUACUGCCGCAAACCAGAUCGCGGCGACGGAGGAAGAGAUCUAUACCGCUGAGGACUAGAUCGCGCCGGCGGAGGAGGAUCUAAUGAAGGUGGCGGAGGAGGAUCCAACCGGGGCGGCGACACGGUUUACCACCACGGCGGCACAUCCAACCAGGGUGGCGGAGGAUGAUCCAACCGGGGCGGCGAUCUGGUUCGCCACCGCGGCGGCGCAUACAACCAGAGCGGCGGAGGAGGAUCCAUCAGCGGCGGCGAUCUGGUUUACCAUCGCGGCGGCGCAUUCAACCAGGGCGGCGGAGGAGGAUCCAACCACGGCGGCAAUCCGGUUUACCACCGCGGCGGCGCAUACAACUAGGGCAGCGGAGGAGGAUCCAACCGCGGCGUCGCAUACAAUCAGGGCGGCGGCGCUCCUCUAUAUCACCGAGGCAGCGCAUCCAACCAGUGCGGCGCAUACAACCAGAGUGGCGCUCCAGUAUACAAUUGCGGCGGAGUACCCUCCUACAACUAAACUGGCCAUCCUGGAUACCACGGCGGCGGCACUCUGUCUUAGAACAGCAGUGCUCCGGCUUACAACCGCGCCGAUGCUCUUGCUUACAACCGCGCCCGGGCUUACAACUUGCGUGGUGGUCCUGCUCCCCUAAACCUCCACGCUGGAGCUCCUCCUAACCCUGGCGGCGGUCCGGCUCCUCUAACACUUAAGAAUGAAUGUCGAGAGAAUGC